AUGAAUCCUCUUCACAAUGGGAAGGGCUACAUCGCCUUCAUGGUCCUUCACUUCUUUGCGUUCGCCCUGGCGCUCACAGUUUGCGGGCUCUACGGUGUCGACUUGACCAGAGCCCGCGAAUCGGGCGUCGCUGCGGAUCCGAAGUGGGUGUUUGCCGAGGUCGUCGCUGGCAUCUCAGUCUUUACGACCUUGGUCUACCUGAUCCCGUUCGUUCUAAGAUUUGCCGGUGUGCCGAUCUGGAACUUGAUUCUCUUCAUCCUCUGGAUCGCAGUCUUUGGAGUGUUUGGAAGCAUGUACAUCAACGAGGACCCUGAAGGAGACCAGGGCAUUCAGCGCAUGAAGAAUGCCGUUUGGGUGGAUCUUGCAAACGCCCUACUGUGGCUCAUAAUCGCGAUCGCCAGCGGAGUCUAUUGGUGGAGCCACCGCGAGCGCCGCUCCCGCUUCACCGGCCGGGCCAGGUUGUGCGCUCCGGGCAAGAUCGACAACAAACCUGAUCGGUCCCAAACAAACCCUGAAGGACAGACACCAACAAUUCCCAUUACUUUUGAUGCGUUUCCCAUUCUCAAGGCAUUGUUUUUCAUGUCUCCCCUCUCAAACCCUACUGUGGCGAUGGCGCUGAACGUUCUGACUUCUCAAGUUUCUUCUGAAUGA